AUGCCCAAGAUGUCCUGGCACAUGUUUUUGUAUUCGGUGCUGCUCCUUCUCUGCGUGCUGUUGGUGUGCUGCGGCGGUACGGCUGUGCACGCCGAGGAGGGAAAUACGCCAAAGGAAGCGCAAACACCAGAGGUUGUUGAUCUUUUUGUGCCGAGUCAAACGAUUGUGGAAACACAAGGCCAAAUUGAAUUGAGGGAUUCUUUUGUCUACCCCUCCCUCGCCAGUGCUGGUGGAGUUUUGGUUGCGCUUGCCAAGACCCAGGCCAGAGCUCCAUACGCUUAUGAUGGACGUACUUCGAUGAUUUUUGCUGAUGUUGUGGCGGGGUACAUUGACUCUGCGAAGAACUGGUCGUCUUUUGUGGCAGAGGCCAAUGCAAACGAAUGGUGGGCGCACAGCAUCUUUAACACGACCAUGCGCCGGGAGUAUAUGUCCCGUGUGAUAUACGAGGUCCGACCCACAACAG